ACAAAAGACCCGUGGAGCAACACACAAACUGGCCUCGACCACUUGCAUUAUAUCUCUUCUUUCUUCUCUUUUUCACAGAUUAAUUAGAGACCAAAUAAAAUAAAAAAUGGGAGAGACAGAGGAAGUGAGAUUGUUGGGAGUAUGGUUCAGUCCGUAUGCCAUAAGACCAAAGAUCGCUCUUCGUCUCAAAUCUGUCGAUUACGAUUACGUUGAAGAAGAUCUGUUCGGAUCCAAGAGUGAGCUUCUUCUCAAAUCAAAUCCGGUUCACAAUAAAGUCCCGGUUCUCAUCCACAACAACAAACCGAUUCUAGAGUCUCUCAACAUCGUUGAGUACAUAGAUGAGACAUGGAACGCAUCUGGACCGUCCAUACUUCCUUCACAUCCCCAUGAUCGCGCUCAAGCUCGCUUCUGGUCUGCCUUCGUUGAUGAUAAGUGGUUUCCGGCACUGAAAGCGGCAGCAAUCACCAAAUCGGAAGAGGCAAAAGAGAAAGGCAUGAAAGAAGUGGAAGGAGGGUUAUUGCAACUCGAGGAAGCCUUUGUUUCUAUAAGCAAAGGGAACCCCUUUUUCGGAGGUGAAGCGAUCGGGUUUAUGGACAUUUGCCUUGGAAGCUUUGUUGGUAUCUUGAAGGCUAGGGAGAAGCUUAAAGGAGAAAAACUUUUAGACGAAUCAAAAAUACCUUUUCUUUGUAAAUGGGCCAACGAGUUCUUGUCUGACGAUACCGUGAAGAAUGUGGUACCGGAGAUCGAUAAAGUUGUUGAGUUUCUAGGAGAGCUUGAGGUUAGAGCUCAAUCAGCGGUUUCAAAAACUUGAGAUCAUCGUUGAAAGCAAUGAACGUGUCACGUGUGUAAUGUAAGUGCGAAAAUAAGUGAAGGUUGAAGUGUUGCGUUGAAUGUAUGCUAUUAUUUUAUACAAUGAUGUGUAUGGUUUAUGGACUACUGUAUGUUCAUUAUAUAUUUAUCGAUAA